CAUCAAUACUUGCAUAAACCACAGUACUGGUUCUUCUCUUCAAGGCAGCUUGAUUAAUUAUGGCCACUAUGAUGGUUAUGCCGCUUAUAAUUAAUGUAUUUCUGAUAUUUGUAGUACAGUUCUCUUUUCUUCUGUCUCCUGCUGCAUCCUUUGAUGUUCCCGGCGGUGUAAAUUGGUGGUGCGGCAAGACCCCAUAUCCCGAUGCUUGCAAGUCUUUCAUCAACCAUGAUCCUCACACUUAUGUUACCAGAACAAAGUCAGAGUUUCGAAAGAUGGCGCUGCAGGUUGCCAUGGACCGAGCUCUCCGCGCGGAGAGUCACACCAAGUGGCUCGAGCCCAAAUGUCGUAACGAGCGAGAGAAAGCUGCAUGGGCCGACUGUUUGAAGCUUUACCAGGAUACAGUUCUCCAACUCAAUCGCACUCUCGACCCCUCCAUCAAGUGCACCGAUUUUGAUGCACAGACAUGGCUUAGCACAGCCCUUACCAACCUUCAGACCUGCAGAGCCGGCUUCAUUGAGCUUGGGGUCUCGGACUUCAUGCUGCCUCUCAUGUCGAACAAUGUCUCCAAGCUAAUCAGCAACACAUUGGCAAUUAACAAGGCUAUAUCCCAGAAUCAAAAUUAUACAGACGGCAGGUUCCCAAGUUGGGUGUCACCCGGUGACCGGAAGCUCCUGCAAUCGUCAUCUCCGGCUUCACGGGCAAACAUGGUGGUCGCACAAGAUGGGUCAGGAAACUUUCGCACCAUUAAAGCUGCUCUCGAUGCGGUGUCGAAGCAAAGGAAAGGAAGCGGUAGGUUUAUCAUUCAUGUGAAGGCAGGUGUUUACAGGGAGAAUCUUGAGAUUGGAAAUGGCAUGAAGAAUAUCAUGCUUGUAGGCGAUGGCAUGCGAAGCACGAUUAUCACUGGUAGUAGGAGCGUGGGAGGAGGUUUCACCACCUUCAACUCUGCAACUGUUGCUGUCACUGGUGAAGGAUUCAUCGCAAUGGGGAUCACAUUUCGCAACACGGCUGGCCCACAAAACCACCAAGCAGUGGCACUCCGAUCAGGCUCUGAUCUUUCUGUCUUCUACCGCUGUGGCUUUGAGGGAUAUCAGGAUACCCUAUAUGUCCACUCUCAACGACAGUUCUACAGAGAAUGCUAUAUCUAUGGAACAGUGGACUUCAUCUUUGGAAAUGCAGCUGUAGUUCUCCAAAACUGCAUGAUCCUCCCAAGGAGACCCAUGGACGGGCAAUCGAAUGUGGUAACGGCACAAGGCCGGACCGACCCCAACCAGAACACUGGAAUCUCAAUCCAUAAUUGUAGAGUCAUGGCUUCCUCAGACCUGAAGCCAGUGCAGAGCUCAUUCAAGACAUUCCUUGGACGACCAUGGAAGGAGUAUUCUCGAACCGUCUAUCUCCAAACUUACCUUGACACGUUGGUGGAUCCCGCCGGAUGGAUGGAAUGGAGUGGUAACUUUGCUCUAAAUACGUUGUAUUAUGGAGAGUAUAGGAACUUCGGACCAGCUUCAUCCACUGCAAGGAGAGUAAAGUGGCGCGGCUAUCGUGUCAUAACCAAUCCAUCCGAAGCUUCACGCUUCACAGUAGGCAACUUUAUAUCCGGCGGUUCCUGGUUGCCGGCAACAGGAGUGCCAUUCAACUCCGGCCUCUGAUCUUCUUCAAUUCUAUACAUAUGUAACAAGCCCACUAAUCAAUCUUCUAUAUCCCACUUAUUUUUUAUUUUUAUUUUUGGUGUUCAAUUGUAAUGUUCUUCUUUAAUUUGCUUCCUUUCAGUAUUUGUAAGAGGCCAAUAAGACGGUGAAACUGUCAUGUUAA